CCCUUGCUUUUAUUUAAAUCAACACCGAUGGUCUUCAAACUGGCAACUUGCGCUUGUGUUUCUUUUGAUCCAGGAAUGUAAUACCUAGUUAAACCACUGGGUGUCAAACUUACAUACUGCAUCAAGUCAAAUUGUGUAACGCUGCAUUUUACUGUAAUUAAUGGUACAGUCAUUGCAACAGGGGAAACAGUUUAUAUAACAUUUGUUAUACUGAAAAAGGGUAUUUUCUCUUUAUAACACUGCUAUUCCCAUCACAACCUCUCACAAGCCUAUUUAUUUAUUACUUUUUGGUAAGAGAAAAUUUUACAAAGGUGAUUUUAAAAACUAGAUGCAUUUAGACCUGUAUAAAAUUUGUCUGAAAUGACCCCCUCAUGAAAAUACAGCUGAAGGGAACACCUCACUUUUGUCUGCACGUUAUUUCCUGUUCACUAAAGCAUCUGCUUCCUGCACGCAUCUAUCCUCUUAGACCAAACCACUUAUGGUAAAGCUUUGAAUGCUCUACUUAGUGUUAUGUUUUGAGUAUGCAAAUCAGAUUGGGUAAAGAUUUUGUUGUACUGCCCAUAAAGGAUUUUGAACUUCCUCCAUCAAGCAACAGUAUGUCAUAGUAGAGCACUGUGUCUGUUUGCUCGAGCAUCUACUUGGCAACCCUCCAUUAGUACUGCGGUGCAUCAAGGGAUUCUGCUUUCAAAAUACCACAUUCUAUUAACAUCCUGGGGGUCAUCUAGAACAUAAACAAAAGACACAGGAAGGCAUAAUUUUUGGCCACAGGACCACCAUGUAUGCAGUUGUAACCCUAGAAAAAUCAGAAGAGGUGAUGGUGACAGCAUCAAACUGGUUGAGCGAAGGCAAAAAACAAUGUUACUGGCCUCCAUACAAAUCAUCAGAGAAAUUAAUGGAAGCUGUUCAGAAAGGAUUAGCACCUCAAACAGGAGAGAAAUCUUGGGAGAAAUUAGCUGUCCUGUUUCAUGGAGAAUAUGGCACUUAUGAGGAGGCCAAUAAAAAACGAAAAGAAAUGAAUGAGCAGACAGAACAAGCAGCCACAGCAGUGAAUCAAGUAACAGGAACCUGUCCACAGUCUCCUGGGCCAUCUCAGUCAGGAAUUUCACAGAAUGCCAGUGGCACAAAAAGAAAACGUGAAUCGAGAGAUUUACUGAUCAGUGCUAAAUCAUAUUCAGAUAUAGAAAUAUUGAAUAUAGCAAAAAAGAUCAUGAAUGAAGUUGAUGAUAGACUUCGAAACAUUACCAGCACAGACCAAAAAACAAAUGAGAUAAAAAACACCAUUUUAGAUUCCAUUGCAAAAAUGAAGGAGAUGGACAAAGACAAAAGAAGAAAGGAAACCAUUGGUGUUUUUGGCAAAACAGGAGAAGGAAAAAGCUCUUUAUUAAAUGCAGUGUUGGGAUUAGAGGGUCUGCUGCCAUCUGGUAGUCUUGGUGCCUGUACAGCAGUUAUUACUCAAGUGGAAGCAAAUCUGGAGGACUCUAAAUACAUAGCUGAGAUUGAGCUUAUCUCUAAAGAGGAAUGGGAGAAUGAGAUUGCUUCCACUGAUGAAAGGACUGAUACAGAUAACGAAAGGAUAAUUGCAGUGUAUGGGGCUGAUGCAGAUAAGAAAUCUCUGGAAGAACUUAAGAAAGAUGCCAAAUAUGCUGAAAUUGAUCAAUUUUUGUCUAUUGGGAAAAAAACGAUUUCACACUCUGAAGUCCUUGACUUUGACCUUGAUGUUAAAUGUCACAUUCAGCAAAGUGAGUAUAGUCCUGGUGGCUGGUACUGGCCGCUUGUGAAGAGUGUGACCAUCAAGAUUCCAGAUCGUCAAGAGCUUCUGGAACACAUUGUACUUUUUGAUAUUCCUGGCACUGGAGACUGCAACAAGAUCCGAAAUGAUCUGUGGAAAUCAAAAGUGAGAGAGUGCUCUUCUGUGUGGAUUGUAAAUGGCAUCAGUCGAGCAAUUAGUAGCAUAGAGCCAUGGAGCAUAAUGGAGCACUGCAUGCAAGACUUGGGACCAGGAGGACAGUGCAAAACAAUAAACUUCAUCUGUACCAGGACUGAUGACAUUAAUAUAAAAGAAUAUCAAAGAUCUGCACUGCCCUCUGGAGACCAAUUUACUUCAGGGAAGAAUCUGAAAACAGCAUGCAUACAUCAUAGGAACAAGACUGCAAAGGAUUCCGUGAAAAACAAGUUUGAAACCAUGAAAUCAAAAGACUUCAGAAGAUUCACCGCUGAUGUUUUUACUGUCAGCUCGAAGGCAUACUUUGAUGCAGAUCUUCAGAUGGAUCAAAAUGAAACUGAAAUCCCCAAACUGCAGGACCUUCUCAAGAACACCAACAAGAGCAUCAGGAGGGAACUGAUCAGAGAUUAUGUCAAUCAAGCAAAGGGAGUUUUGUUCUUCAUCCAAAGUAUCAAACUGGAUACAAAUGAAGGAAUGGCAAAGCUUAAAGCCACAGUUUGUAAAGAUUACUAUGAGAGCCUUGAAAAAGCACUGAAGGAACUGAACAGUCGGUUUGAUUCACAUUACAAGAUCAUAGAGCAAUGUUUCUCAAAAGGAGUGGAGAAAUCAGUGGAACAGUGUGUCAGUACCACAAAGCCUGUGAUUGCAUCUGUGAAACCAUCAGAUAAAACCCUCCAGGCUUUGUGCAAGAACAAAGGAUAUUACUGGCCAAAAAGCAAGGAUGCAGCUGUAGAUCUAAACAAGUGCUUGGCUAAACACAUCUACGACAACAUUGAUGAGGAGUUCAAUUUGAUAUUUCCUGUUGAUAGUAAAAUCAAAACAGGGAAGUCGGUGCAAGAACAGAUCGAUAAGUUCAGUAUCAUUCAGAAUGGCACAGUUUACCCUCCAUCUUCCAUGCUGUACCACAUUCAGAACUUCAUGAAAACAGAGGAAACCAAAGUGAAGACAUUCCUCAAAAGAGAUGUUGUCCAUAGAAAGAAAAAAAUCUACUCAUCGAUCCAAACAACAAUUCAGGAUCAAAUGACUGCUGGCUAUAAAAAAGCUGCGGAGAAGAAAGGAGUAGGAGCCAUGGGAAGGAGAGAGACCACAAUAAUAGAAACAAUUGAAUUGUUAAAAGACAGCAUGUUCAAAGACACAAAAAUACAAUUUCUGAAAGAGUUCAAGUCUGUGACGAGCGAUAUAUGCGAGAGACUUAAAUCUGAGUUGAGCAGAUCAGUGGAGCGCUCAUUCUCACAAAGCAGCAAAGCUUCCCUGAUGGAUGUCUCGAAAGAGAUUGAAACCCUGGAGACAUUGUCUGAACACAUCGCAGAAAUCUGACUAAUGUCAACAUUUUAAAGCAACGGCAAGAGAGAACGCAUUUCAGCAUCUCCAGUUACUCGAGAAUUAAACCUUUUGGUUAAUAUCUACUGUUGAUUUAAAAUGUGUCUGUCUAGUCACAUAAGACUUGAUAUAUAUAAAUGAAAGAAUACUUUUUUUUUUGAUGUGUAGUUUUGUUUUUAAUGAGAUAGAGCUUAAACUUGCAAAAGUAGCAUACUGAAAUGAAUUGUACUGUUUGUCACUUCAUAUGUACUGUAACAUGCUUGUAGAUUGUGUGACUGAUUGUGAUAAUGUGCAAAUGUUAAAUCUAGCUAAUACACAAUGAGAAGCAGAGAGGGUGAUCAUUGAUUUUGUAGUAAACCAUUUCGUUUUCUCAAAUCUUUUAAUAUUUUAUUUGACGUUUCAUAACAAUGUAUUGCACACAAAAUAAAUGAAUAAUUAAAACAAUGCAGUAAAUCCUUAAAUUGCAGUUAAAACAUGAACACUGACAGCUUGAUAUGAAUUAAUGUAAACAUUGACUAAUCAUUGAAUAAAAAAAAAAACAUUUGAUUUGCAGUUA